AGGCGCGCGAGCUCCCAGGCGCAUCUGUUGGGCUCCACCUGUGCAGUUUUGCCUAUUAGAGUAAGCUCAAGGAGGAAGCAGGUGGCCCUCACCAUAGCUCGCUUCAUUCCUGUGCCGCUGCUCCCCCCCUCAAUCAUCACCAUGGGUCUCUCAGAGCGACGCAACAAACAGCGUCUCGUCGGCGCCGCUUCGGGUCGCAACACCAGCUGGGCAUCUGAUGUGUCCCUUCCCGGCCAGCGCCUACUGGCCGGCAUGGGCUGGUCCGCUGGUCGAGGACUUGGGUCGAGCGCGCGCGACGGCACCAGCAGCGCGUCGAGCAUUGCCGUCAAGUUCAAGAUGGACAACAAGGGCAUCGGCGUAGACCGCGCCGAGCGCGAUGCCAGGGCCAAGGCCAAGGAGGCCGGUGGCAGCGGUGCGCUCGACGCAUGGGCGACCCAGGGCGCCAGGGACUUUGGCAGCUUGCUCGAGAGACUCAACGCUGCCGCUUCAAGUGCGGAAGCCAGCGGCAGCUCGACCCCCGCCCCGCAAGAAGCGGACGCGGCAUCCUCUUUGAAUUCGGCUGUCGCGUCAUCCUCGGCCUCCUCCACCCCUGCACCUCUUGAUGAGAAAGCAGCCAAGCGUGCGCGCAAAGAAGCGCGGCGAUUGGAGAAGGAGGCCAAAAAGGCUGACAAGAAGCGGGAAUCGGACGCCGAAGGCCUCGAAGGAACAGACAAAUCAAAGAAGCAGAAGAACAAAGGCAGCAAGAAGUCCAAAGUAACGGAAGAUGGCUCCGCAGCCGGGACCGCUGUUGCAGCUGCCAUAGAAGCCGUAGCGGUGCCGACGAGCGCGGCCGCAUCAACUGUCAUCCCGGGUCGACUGGCGCACCGCGUGCGUUAUCUCCGGGCAAAGCGGCAAGUCGCGUCGUCGGGGGAAGCGCAAUUGAACGAAAUCUUUGGCAUAUCCUCCGCCUCAUCUGCGACGGCCUCGCCUGCGCCGCCUGAACGACCGCCCCGAAUGGCGCCUGGCCCAGCGGGAUCGAGCGUACAGGUCAUGCUCAAGCAACCGCCUCCGACAGUGCGAGAGCAGGCCGCAGACGACGAUGAGGAAAGUACGGAUGACGAGGUAGGCAAAGAGGAGGGGAAACUCAAGAAGGGCAAGAAGAAAGCUCAAGGAGAUGACGACCCGUCGUCCGUAUCUUCUGGCAAGAAGGACAAGAAGCGGAAGCGAGGCAUGCAGGUUGAAGAUGACGAAGACGCAGGGGGAAAUGCCGGCGCCGGGGAGGAGGGCAGGAAGAAGAGCAAGGAAAAGAGGAAGAAGGCCAAGGUCACUUCCUCGUCGGAUGCCGGUACACUUCCUCCAGUAGAAAACCAAGCAACCGCUUCGGACCCGUCACUCGAUCCCUCGCAGAGCAAUCUCCGCAUCAGCUCGCAGGGAGUUUUCGAAUACCUCUCCAACCGUCUCAUCUUGCGCAAAGCCGCCGUCAUGCGGGCGCGAAAGCAGCGUGACCAGGGUGUGUGGGAUCGGGUCGCUGCUAUCGGCGCGUGACGGUCAGCGGUGUAUGAACAGCAGAUAUUUGUCGCGUGCGCGCAAGUUACACAGCCUUGCAUUGAUAUGUGAUUUUGCUUGCUAC